AUGUAUAUCGGCGCUCUCUUGUCUCUGGUCACAGCUGCCGCUGGGGCUGCCGUCCCUAACGGCCAAACGAUCUCUCUCAAUGGUAUUCCGUACUACAUCAGUGGGAUUCCUGUGUCUACUAUCCAGGGGCAUAAUUCCUCCCUAUUUGAUAUGUCUCUGGUCGAGGGGAUAGAUAUCAUUCCGUUUUCCGUCAUCCCCAUUACGCCUACGACUCGUAUAGACUCCCUGCUGUCUGACUACACUCAGCGCGAUGAUGUCUUUCAGUCUGCAUUUCUACGGACGGUUCUUCUAACUCUAAAUAGUCAAAGAACAGGAGGGAAAAAUAUUUCUAUCAGUGACCAUGUUUCAGUGCUCAAAUCGACUGGAAACAAACUGCUCAUGACAGGACAAGGCCUUCCCAGCAGCUCUUCUACGGGAACUGUUCCUGCGCAGUUGAGUAAAGACCUUCCAAGUGGCCCAUAUUUCGUCUCGGCAUCAACGGGCCAGGUGUUCCGCGCAUACCGACUAUACCCUGACGACAAUCUCGCCUUCAUUCAAGCUGCCAUCAGUGACGAGAAAACAGGAUUCCUGCCAAUGCCUGCAGUCACAGAAAACGCCAUGACCAAAGAUGUGGCAGUUCCUUCUCGCCUGUACUACACGCCCACAUCAAAGUAUCCUCUGGCUGGUCUACGAGUAGGCGUCAAGGACAUUUUCCACGUUAGGGGCCUCAAGACUAGCGGUGGAAGCCGUUCUUAUUACUACUUAUAUGGAACGCAAAAUCACACUGCUCCAUCAGUUCAGAGACUAUUAGAUCUCGGUGCCAUUCUUGUGGGAAAGACUGGCACAGUCCAGUUUGCCAACGGGGAUCGACCGACUGCUGACUGGGUAGAUUUCCACUGCCCUUUCAACCCCCGCGGAGAUGGAUACCAAGCUCCUGGUGGCUCUUCUUCGGGCUCUGGAGCUGCUAUUGGAUCAUAUUCCUGGUUGGACCUUGCAGUUGGAAGCGAUACUGGUGGCUCCAUGCGCUCUCCCGCAGCUAGCCAGGGUGUUUAUGGCAAUCGGCCGUCUACGGGAGCCAUUUCCCUGGAGCAUGUGCUUCCUUUGUCCCCAGCAAUCGAUACGGCAGGUGUAUUUGCGCGGAAUGCCGAGCUAUGGGCUCAAGUCACCAAUGCAUGGUAUCCGCACUUCCGCCGAAACUACACAUCCUUCCCUCGCCAGAUCUAUCUCGGGGGAAAUGAAUGGGACGGUGCGGGCAUCACUCCGGAGGCCCAUGGCCUGCUCAACACCUUUGUGCAGCACCUGGAGAAGUUUCUCCGGACCAAUCAGACAACCGUAAAUGUGUCCCAGAGAUGGAAGGACACACAUCCCGAUACCGCCCCCAGUCUUGAAGAGACUCUCAACCUCACGUACGCAACACUCACGUCUGUGGACCAGUUCAAUCAUUUGGCUGUACCUCUGUUUGCCGACUAUGCAGCUGCGAACUACGGUCGUCGCCCUUUUAUCAACCCCGGUCCCCUAGCCCGUUGGCAAUGGGGUCAAACCAACGGAGGCAACGCAUCGUACGAGGUAGCUCUACGCAACAUGACCAAAUUUCGGAAUUGGUGGGAGACUGCCGGCUACGGAGCAUUGGAUGAGUCCUCAUGCUCCAAGGGCCUGUUUGUCAGUGUUUACUCAACGGGAUCUACGAAUUACCGCAACCAGUACUUUGAUCCCCCUGAUGCACCUCCCCUCGGGUUCUCUACAGGACGCAUUGCUGUGUUUGCAGGUUCCCCGGAAGUCGUUGUGCCAGUGGGGGAGUCACCAUAUAAAAGUACUAUCUCGCUGCAGACGGAGUAUUUGCCUGUGACUGUGGCGCUGCAAAUGGCACGUGGAUGUGAUCAUGUUCUGGCGGAUCUAGUAGCGGGCUUAGGGAAGAAGGGAAUUUUGCGGCCUGUUGAGACGGGCCCUCGAUUAUAUAUGAAAUGA